UUCCAAACACACCAACAUAAAUCACUCACUCUCCUAAUCAAUCCUUCUAAAAAACACACCUUUUCUCCCAACAACAAAUCACAUCACUUUCUUUUUUCCAUCUCCUGCCACUUUCACUUUCUUCAGAACUUUCAAGAUCAUCAAGAAAUUAUGUUGUCAUCAAAGGUCACAUGCAACUCUCAUGGACAAGAUUCAUCGUACUUCCUCGGAUGGGAAGAAUACGAAAAGAAUCCCUACGACGAAGUUAAGAAUCCCAAUGGAAUCAUCCAAAUGGGUCUCGCCGAGAAUCAACUCUCCUUUGAUCUUCUUGAAUCAUGGCUCCAGAAAAAUCCAGAGAUAGCAGCUUUCAAGAAACAUAAUAACGAUCAAUCUAUCUUUAAAGAACUUGCUCUCUUUCAAGAUUACCAUGGCCUUCCUGCCUUCAAGAAUGCUUUAGUCCGCUUCAUGUCGGAGAUACGAGGAAACACAGUUACUUUUGAUCCGAACAACCUUGUACUGACAGCAGGUGCAACCUCGGCUAACGAGACGCUAAUGUUUUGCAUAGAACCCGGCGACGCGAUUCUCAUUCCGACACCAUAUUAUCCAGGGUUUGAUAGAGAUCUAAAAUGGAGAACUGGAGCUGAAAUUGUUCCAAUCCAUUGUUCAAGUUUGAAUGGUUUCAGAAUUACAAAACCUGCUCUUGAAGAUGCUUACAAACAAGCAGAAAAACAGAACCUCAAAGUCAAGGGUGUUUUGGUGACAAAUCCUUCGAACCCAUUAGGCACUUCGUUGAGCUUGCAUGAGCUCGAUCUACUCGUCAACUUUAUCUCAACGAAAAAUAUCCACCUCAUUAGCGACGAAAUUUACUCAGGUACUGUGUUUAGCUAUCCAAGCUUUACUAGUAUCAUGGAGGUUUUAAAAAACAGAAACCUCAUGAACACUGAAAUCGCGAAAAGAGUUCACAUUGUUUAUAGUCUCUCUAAAGAUCUUGGACUCCCUGGUUUUCGAAUUGGAGCUAUUUACUCCAACGAUGAGCGUGUUGUAUCUGCUGCAACGAAAAUGUCUAGCUUCGGUUUGAUCUCUUCUCAGACUCAGUAUUUAUUGUCGGAGAUCCUUUCUGACAAGAAGUUCACAAAAACUUAUCUUUCUGAGAACCGAAGAAGAUUGAAGCAAAGACAUGAAAAGCUUGUAAAGGGGCUUCAGAAAACAGGGAUUCGGUGUCUUCAAAGCAAUGCUGGUUUGUAUUGUUGGGUGGAUAUGAGGCAGCUUUUGAGCUCAGAUACUUUCGAAGGUGAAAUGGAGCUUUGGUUGAAGAUUGUUUAUGAAGUUGGGUUGAACAUUUCACCGGGUUCAUCGUGCCAUUGUAGUGAACCGGGUUGGUUUAGGAUUUGCUUUGCAAACAUGUCGGAGGAAACCCUAGCAGUCGCCAUGCAACGUGUGAAGUUGUUUGUAGAGUCCAUAGUUAAGAAAAAUACUCAGAGUCGUCAUCAACAGUUACUUAAGAGAGAUUCAAGAAGAUCGAAGUCGCUACCCAAAUGGGUUUUUGAACUAUCGUUUGAUCACCAACGGGAAGUGGGUGAUGAACGUUAGGCAUGCGAUGGAUUGAUCGACAUAUAUGUUUGAUUUUCUUUUUAGUUAUUUUCUCAAUGUAUUAAUAUGAUGUACAUUGAGUUUCUUUUUUCUUUUUUUUUAUAUACUUUUUGUGGGAUUCUUAGUUCCUAAACAGAGAUCGUGCACUCAAUCCUUGUGGAUUAGAAGUGGCAUAUGAUUCUUCGCUUUGUAAAAUCAUUGAGUAAUUUUGAUGUAACUUAAUUUCUGAAUUGUUCAAGAGACUUCGAUUUUUUCA